AUGCUGUCUCUUUAAAGAUUUCAUCGCCUUUUACUCCCGCAAUGCGCUCCUUCUUAUGUGCGCCACACGUUCGUCGCAUAGAGUGUCCAAGCAGGGCUACCAUCAUGGGACGGUCCUGAUAACUUGCCCGGGAUGUAAAAACCGCCACCUCAUAAGCGAUCAUUUAAAGAUCUUCUCCGACAAGCGCAUCACGAUCGAGGACAUUCUGAAGGAAAAAGGCCAGCUGGUAAAACGGGGCUCCCUAAGCGCCGAAGGUGACGUUGAAUUCUGGGAUGACGGCUCCACGACACCGCGUUCGGCCCACUUUAUACCAAACAGUACGACGAAGAGCGAUCCCGAUGCGCCAGAAGGUCGUCUCACCGAGCCACUUGCCUCGCAAUCCGAAAAUACGCCCGAGUCUACACGGGAAAACCGUAGACAACCGGGCAGAAACGAUUCCGGGACGUCUUGAAGUAGAUGUGCCACUGUUCCUCUAUCGUUUUGACGACUUCAACGCAUCGCUUCGCCUCAUAUCGUAUCGCCUCGCAUCCACCUCGUAGGAACGGCAUCUUACCGAUUGAUUACAUCUCAACAUUGGCACAGGACCUUGCUACAUGCAGCCAUUUACGCUAGAAGAUCCCACUCGGAUCCACUUGAGUUGUACGGAAGCUACCACCACUCGUACGUUGACCCAUUCGAGCCAAACUCAUUUCGAGCAUUUAAACAAAACUGUACAAGGGUUGAAUCCCUUGCUAGUAGUGUGUGUAUGAUUUGCACUGA